GCAAACACGCGGUAAGCUCAAACUUCAGAAUUUCGGUCUGCAACGCAACUUGGAAAGAUUAAAAUGUCUUUAUCAACUCAACAAAGUGACGAAGACGGACAACAUGUGUUAUCUUUGAGAGUAGACAAUGCCAGAAAUGUAGCCAUGGUACUGAAGGCUAUUCACUUUAAAGAUCGAGAGCUCGCUACGUUUUGUGCGAGUGAGAACGGACUUAAAGUGACGGUGGAGGAUGCCAAGUGUGUCCAGGCCAAUGCUUUCAUCCAGUCUAACAUAUUCCAGGAGUACUACAUGCAGGAGGAUACUGCUACUUUCAAAAUCAACCUCUCGGUGCUACUGGAGUGUCUGACUAUUUUUGGUAGUAACCCCAUGGGAGGCGCCACACCCGCUCUGAAGAUGUCAUACGGGGGCUAUGGAUCUCCUCUACUCCUCAUGCUUGAAGAGAGUGGUGUUGUGACGGACUGCAGUAUCAAGACAUUGGAACCGGAUGAAAUGUUGGACUUCAACUUCUGCAGUGCUAACGUCGUCAAUAAAAUCAUUAUGAAGAGUGAUUGCUUGAAAGAUGCAUUCCAAGAGCUUGACAUGACGAGUGAAGUGAUUGAGAUUCUGCUGUCUCCGGACAAACCAUACUUCAGACUCUCUACGUUCGGUCAUGCGGGCAGUGCUUAUUCUGAUUUCCCCAAGGACUCAGAUAUGGUGGAGUCAUUUCAAUGCACACAGACUCAGAGCACGAGGUAUAAGCUGUGUCUGUUGAAACCCUCCAUCAAGGCCUUGAUGCAGUCUAGCAAAGUGUCCAUACGAACAGACAACAGAGGUUUCCUGUCUCUACAGUACAUGAUCAGGAAUGAGGAUGGACAGAUCUCCUUUGUGGAAUAUUAUUGUGCCCCUGAUGAGGAAUAUGACGAAGACGGAUGACGACAAAGAACAAAGAAGAAGCCAUUAAUUUAUUUUGAGUUGUAUAAUAUCUAAGAGGCUUUAUUAUAUUAAUAAGAAUUUGUGCCAUAUGAUCGCUUUUAAUGUACAGAAUAAAUAUACAUUUGCUAACAACCUCUCUUUUGUACAAGUUUUACAUAAAGACAACUCCAGAUAUACUUUAUGUUGUUCUAGCCACAAACAGUACUAUAUUAAAACAUCCAGAAUACUUUCCAAUCAACUUCUAUAAUAAUAUUUUUUCUACAAGUUUCAUUACAUGUGACUGAAUUUCACAAAUGAAUAAGAUAUGCAACUUUUUUCACUCAUCCAGGCAUUGAUUUAUAAUAUAACUAAAGAAAGUAAAGGUUCAUUCUAACACAGUCAUGUAUUUCACUAUAAAAAUUGAAUCAAAAAUUAUUUAAAAAGUGCAUUGAACUGCUGUUAGGAAUGUAUGCUUUCAGACUGAAAUGGGAGUUGACAGAUAGCUUUUCAAGUAAAGUACUACUGUAACCCAGAAAAUUGCAUGCAUAUAAGAAUUUUGGAAAAUUUCACAUAAAUGAAUCAUAACAAAAAAAAAUGAGAGUCGAGAACAUGAGAUAUUAAUGUAUUAUGUGUGCAGAAAUGUAAUCUAUGCCUUUGAUGCCACUUAUGUGCCUUGUAUUUUCUCCUACAUAGUCCAUUGAGUACGGAAUAGUUUCAUAUUGAAUAUCUUUUGUUUUUGCCUAUAAGGCAAAUAAUUUUUUCUCUUUCGAUUAUUGUUCAACCAAUAACAUGUAUCUCAAUUCCCUCCAUUACCUUUUACAUUUUCUUGUACAAUGUAUGUAUGACUAAAUGUACCAAAGUAAAAAGUCAAACUUUUGUUCAAAUGUAUAGUAUAGUAUGGUUCAUUUGUAAAUAAAGAAUGACAUGAAAUAUACAAAAA